UUUCAAAUUUUUCAACGUUUUCCAAAAUCAAACUCAGUCACAUUUUCAUUCAUCAAGCAUUCUCAUCUUUUUUCAAAUAAUUUUAAAAUUUUCCCGCACAAUCUCAAUCGAGGGUUACGAAUAACAUCAUGUAUUUAUAUCAGUGGGUACGCAACGCUUCGUGUCAAACAGGUCAUUUGUUAUGAAAAAGAAUUCUCUAUAAAAAAAAUGAUAAAACAUCAUCCAAGUAAAAUAAUUAAUUUAAAUGACAUUAAGGACAGUAAAUUAAAGUAUGCAUUUGUGGUUCUGAACAGGCCAAUCGAGGCUGAUGCAAAAUUGAUUGAAGAGCUGUGGAAUCACUCUGCAAUAAACAUAACAGUCGAUGGCGGCACCAACCGAUGGCUCUCAUGGCUUCGCAAGCACAAACUUCAAGACAAGCUGAAGCAUCCAACUCUCAUCACCGGAGAUCUCGAUUCAAUCAAAGAUGAAAGCCUCGAUUACUUCAGUAGAACUAAAAUCAUCCAGACACCCGACCAGGAUGCAACAGACUUUACAAAAUGUCUUCGAGUCCUCGAACCAUUUAUAAAUGAACUCAGUAUUUCCUAUAUUGUUGCACUUUGUGAGACAUCCGGCAGAAUAGAUCAGAUCUUAGCCAACAUCAAUACUUUGCAUAAAAAUCUCCAAAAACCGAAUGACAUCUCUCGACCUGUCUAUAUUCUAAGUUCCACAAGUGUCACGUGGAUGCUGCAAAGUGGUCAGCAUGAAAUUAACAUUCCCAAGGAAAUAAGGAACAUGUGGUGCUCACUAAUUCCUAUCGGACAGCCAACAACCGUAACAACAACAGGUCUAAAAUGGAACUUAACAGAUCAUUUGAUGAAAUUUGGUGGAAUUGUGAGCACAAGCAACACUUAUGAUGACAGGUCGGAAGCUGUUGAAAUCUCGAAUGACUUGCCGCUGCUAUGGAGUAUGGGAUUGAAGCAUGAGGACUAGUUUGAAUUUAAAUUUAAUAAAAU